UCGAAAACAACGAUGACUACGACGAAAUUCACUAGAUUAGCCUUGCUGCUACUGUUCGCUUCUGCAGCUACAGCGCAACUGGCUCAAGGCAUCAACUGCUAUGGUAAAGCAUACGUCUGCGUUGGUCCCCUCAACUAUAAAGGCUGCGCAGGAGAUGCUCAAGGUAAUAGCUUUGCUACCGGUAACGCCAUCCAGUGUCCACCCAAUCACCGCUGCGUAAACGAUGGCGUAGAAAUUUGCAUUCCACUUAAGUCGACCACGGCGGAACCUCAAGCAGUUCCUUUGAUCAAUACAGAGCCAAGAGCUUUCAAUUCACCUUCAACAGAAGAACCAUUUCAGUUAACUUCUUUAAGUUCCGAUUCUACGAACUUAAUAACCACUUCUACUUCACAACCAGCAGCUUCAUCCUCUGCCCUAAUUCAAGAAAAGCCAAGUAUUCCUGCGGACGCAACCACCGCUGCUGGUGGGCCAAUAUGGACUACAUAUUCAACAGAGGAUGCCAUUAUUUGGGAUACCACAACAGAUGGUACAACGACAGAAACAGAUGUAAACACGCUUGAGCCGCAAUCAUCAGCUGUUCCAAACAGGCUAUUAUACUCCACUGUACUCCCGGAGGAAACGACAACUGUUCCAGCAGAAACAACUUCUUUUCCAAGCGAAGCCACAGACGCCACUGACGCCACCACCAUCUUGGACACUGAUGAGACAUUGAUAGCGACAAUUACAGCUGAUCCCAGUACUCUAGACGAUGUUAACACUAUCUAUGUGACAAGUUCACUUAAAGAAUCAACUUUAAUUUCCGUCGAAACCACAACUGAAAUUCCAGUUUCAGAAACAACCAUUUGGGAAACUACUACAGGACUGGGCGAUGCCACUAUUCCCACAGGCGUUUAUGAUCCACCUUUCACUAGCAACGAGCUUAGUCCUACUGAGAAUGGAAUACAGGGCCCGAAUACACCAGCCGAUACCACGUCGCCUGUCGAUCCGAGUACGCCAGUGAACCCGAAUGGAUCGCUUGGUCCCAAUGAACCAGUAGACCCUGUGUCGCCCGCAGAUCCAGAUAUUCCAGUAAACCCGAAUGGAUCAACUGGCCCCAAUGCACCAGUAGAUCCCGCGUCGCCCGUAGAUCCGAGUGCUCAAGGAAACCCGAAUGGAUCAGUUGGCCCUAACGCCUUAGUAGACCCUGUGUCGCCUGUAGACCCUAGUGCUCCGGUGAACCCGAAUGAAUCAGUUGGCCCCAAUGCGCCUGUAGAGCCCACGUCGCCUAUAGAUCCUGCUGGUCCAGUGAACCCGAAUGGAUCAGUGAGCCCCAAUGCACCAGUAGGCAACGAGUCGCCUGUAGAUCCGAGUGGUCCAGUAAAACCGAAUGGAUCAGUUGGCCCCAGUGCACCAGUAGAUCCCCCUUCGCCCCUAGAUCCUAGUGCUCCGGUGAACCCGAAUGGAUCUGUGGGCCCCAAUGCACCAGUAGACCCCGCGUCACCUGUAGAUCCUACUGCUCCAGUGAACCCUAAUGAAUUAGUUGGACCCAGUGCACCAGUAGACCCCGCCUCACCUGUAUAUCCUAGUGCUCCAGUAAACCAGAAUGAAUCAGUUGUAAACCCGAAUGGAUCAGUUGGCCCCAAUGCACCAGUAGACCCCGCGUCGCCUGUAGAUCCUAGUGCUCCAGUGAAUCCGAGUGCUCCAGUUGGCCCCAAAGCACCAGUAGACCAGGCGUCGCCUCUGCCAGUCGGUCCAAAUGGAACUGUUCACCCUAAGCCACCAAUUGAUUCAAAUGCGCCAGUGAAUGGCAUUGUUGGGGCGCCUACACCCGCUAUAAGCUCGAGUAGGCCAGUUGUUCCAGACACACCAGUCAAUCCCAAUUCACAAGCGCAUGCCAACAGGCCAUUUAAUCCCAAUGCUUCAGUCGGCCCCAGCGCUCCAUUUAAUCCCAAUGCCCCAGUUUCUUCGAACGCACCAGUCCAUUCACAUGUAAAAAAUAUUCCAAUGCUUCCGAGGUUACCUGAACAUGCUGACCGUUCCGUUUGGUCACAUUUUUCCGCUCAUAAUUAUGCUGAUAACUCCAGUGAUAGAAGAGAUGAAAGUUGGUGGCGACGUGUUUUCGCUAAUUUACCAGGACAUGCCAAUCUACCAAAAGGAGGAAACGAAAGACAUAAUGGAUGGCAGCUUUUGCCCAACCGCCAAGUGCAACCUGUUCGGCCUGGUUGGCCUGUGUGGCCUGCCAAAUCUCACCCGUCAAACCAGGAGUCAGGAGAUAGCCAGUCCACUGAAUUAGGCUCUGACAAAAAUUUGCCGAAAGCAGGCGAAUCCAUGGAAGAAAAGCCCAAGUCCAAUAGUAGAGGAAUAAAAUCAAAGGACAACAAAGAUCCUAAGGAACAAAAAGAGGAGAGUUCGGGUGAAAACAAAUCAAUAAGUACCAAAAUAGAAUCAGAGGACAGCAAGGAUUCAAAAGAAAAAAAUGAGCAGACUUCGACGGAAAAGAAAUCGGAGAAGGGCAAAAAAGAUUUAGAGGAGAGUAAAGAUUCUGAAGAUGUAAAGGAAAAGUCCGAUAGCAACCAAGAUGAGGAAAACGACGAUAGCAACUCCAAAGAGCAAAAGGAACUAAUUAAAAAAGUCCUGAAGAAGCUUAAGGACAACAAAUGUGACGAAGAUGACAUUUACCCAGAUCCCAGAGAUUGUAACAAGUUCUAUCUGUGUGUCGAAAAGUCGGAUAAGACUAAGCUCUCGCAUCUACGGUGCGAUAGUGAGGAACGGUUUGACUCCGAAAAGCUGAAAUGUGUAAAUAAGCAUAAGGCAAAGUGCUUGACUAAGCAAGAAUUUAUCGAAGAGUUUGCGUGAUUCCAAACUUUUGAAGUUGCAAAAUGGGGAGAUAUAAGCCCUCAACAAAUAAUUAUAAGAAGAAAGAUAAAUAAUCGGUUUUUUUUCAAAACCUUUAAACUUGCAUUAGGAAAGCGAAAUUGUGCAAUCCUAUUUGUUUACCCAUGCAUGUAGAUGUGAGAAUUUCACAAACUGCAGUCGUAAAGGCUUGCCAGAUAAAGAUUUUAAAUACAAACUCAGUCGAGCCGAUGAUUUAA